UCUUGUUUCAUAGUGAUCACCGUCGUCUUGUUCCCCCCCCCUCCAUUUGGAGCAUUUUGUGUUUGAUAUUUUUUUGAUCAUCGUCAUCUUUGGUUUGUUCUCCAUUUUGGAGCGCUUUGUGUUUGAUCUUUUCCACCACCCCGCAUGCAAGCGAAAGGACCUUUGUUUAAGAAUAAGUUUUUUGGCCUGAACUCCGCAGCUCAGUCCGCCUUGUCAUCUCACCCUGACAGAUGCCACGAACUGGGAUUUCUAAAUCAGGCUGCUGGCAAGAUGGCUAUACUUCUCACCAAGAUCAUCAUCCAUUGAAUACGUGCAUCCGCGCGCAACUUGUGCGCCCGCCUGUCUGCCUGCCUGCACUCGGACUUGCAUCAUGACUACUAGUUCGGGGGCACCUUGCAGCCGCGUCGCUGUGGAAUGGUGGGCACCGCACGGUCGCGUCAUCCUGGGGAGCAUGUAAACGCCAGAGGAGUUUUGGAUUUAACGCAACAAAGGGGGAACGAUGAGCGUCUUCUCGCUGUGCUUGCUCCUGUGCGCGGAUCUACUGGAUUUAGCCGUGGGAUAUUUGACCGUCACCAUCGAGCCGCUGCCUCCUGUGGUCGUGGGUGAGACAGUCACCCUCAAGUGCAACUUCAAGACCGAUGGGAGGCUACGGGAAAUCGUUUGGUAUCGGGUCACGGACGGAGGCACCAUCAAGCAGAAAAUCUUCACCUACGACGCCAUGUUUAAUACCAACUACUCUCAUAUGGAAGACUACCGCAGGCGUGAGGAUCUUGUGUACCAGACAACUGUCCGGCUCCCGGAGGUUCGGAUCUCAGACAACGGACCGUACGAAUGCCACGUGGGUAUCUACGACCGGGCAACUAGGGAGAAGGUCGUGCUGGCGUCUGGGAAUAUUUUUCUCACCGUCAUGUCUCCUCCCAACAACAUCUCAGUGGUGGCUGAGAACACGCCGGCGCCAUUUAGUCGAUACCAAGCCCAGAACUUCACGCUGGUCUGCACCGCCAAGGGGGGAAAACCCGCACCGUCUGUGUACUUCAAGCGGGAUGGCGAGCUGAUCGAGGUGAUCUCCUACACCCAGCAAUCGGGCGGCGAUCAGAGCGGCGGUUCAGCCGGGUUCCGAGGAGCCAGGCCGCUCAUAAGCCGGGAUCUGGACGAGACCAAGAUGCAGCGCUCCCUCUCCCUGCUAGAUCCUGAAAGCCGGUCGGCGCGUUUGUACACAGAACGGCCGCAUCGAGGCCACACUCUGGGCCUUCAGGCCUCCGAACCCAGCCCUGCUACCGAGGUCAUCCCGGAGACGGUGGUGAGCCGAGAGUUCCCCCGCUGGGUCCACAGCACGGAUCCUCUCUACUACUUCAGCCACACGCACAUCCCGCAAAGCGACGGAUCUGUGGUGGUGCAGGCCCGCCUCACGUGGACCCUCAACCCGCAGCUGGAUAAUGACGCCUUGUUUAGCUGUGAGGUCAAACACCCGGCUCUCUCCAUGCCCAUGCAGACCGAGGUCACAUUAGCUGCCCCGAAGGGACCGAAGCUCUUCAUGACCCCGAGCAGGGCCAAAGUUGGGGACACAGUGCGCAUUACUGUGCAAGGAUUCCAGAACGAGGUGUUCCCGGAGCCCCUCUUCACCUGGACCCGAGUGGGGGGACGCCUCCUGGACGGCAGCACCGAGCGAGAAGGCAAGGAGCUGAUUCUGGAACGGGUGCCGGCCGAGCUCAACGGCUCCAUGUACCGCUGCACGGCCCAGAAUCCUCUGGGCUCUACGGACACGCACACCCGCCUCAUAGUCUUUGAAAAUCCAAGCAUGAUGAAAAACACACAGAGCCAGAACAACGGAGCCUCGCACAUGAUCGCCGUAGGCAGCAUCACGUGGAUGGCCCUCGUCCUCACAGUGACCGUGGAACUGACGUGAAAACUCGUACACUCGCACAUACUUGCCCUUCUCACACAACACACACAAACAUUUCAAAACAGAACAAAACAUCAGCGUACUUUCCACAACCUUUGCGAGUGUUCUCCGGCCGUUCACUGAACGUCUGUCGAUGCCACGGUGCUGCCACCUGGUGGUGCUCCUCCCAUUUUUUUUCUAAUGAAAAUAAUAACCGUGAUAACGCUAUCUAAAGAAGAUGAUGAACAUGACUACUCCCGUAUACCCUUUCCAAGUUACACUUCUUUUUUUGUUUCUUGUUCCACGUCUGCCUGUUGACCAAUAAAAUUAGUUCAAACUGGAAAGACGGCAUUCGGAUUUGGUUUUUCAUUUCUAUUUUUUUAAUCAAAAUGUAUUUGCUUUUUCCACGCAAAUGUGAAGCACGGCUCGAGCGCCAUGUUCCGGAAUGCAACGGAUCUGCACUGCAAGGGGGCGGAGUUGCAUAUAGUGGGGGCGGAGCAAUUUAGACAUUCUAACAGAACAAUCUAUAUACUAUACAAGUACUAUACAAGUAUUUUUGGGGGUAUUUUUUGUUCCUCUUUUUGAUGGCUCAGAAUGUAAAAAAAAAAAAAAAAAAAGAAUUUAAAUGCAUUUGGAAACUUGGAGGAAAACAUCCUUUUCUUGAGUGUAUUUUGUGUACAUCAGUGUAAAUAAUGCAGAUAAUUAAAUAGGUUUUAUGGGGUCGUGGUGAGGGAUGGUUGCAGAGUUGUUUGUAUUUUAACCAACAGAGCUAAACAUUGGCUGACAGAAUAAAUUAAAUAAUAAUAAUAAUAAAAAAAAAAGCUUUUAUCUGUAUCCCAUUCUAUUUUUUUUAAUUUGUUUUUAAUAUCCAGUACAGUGGGGCAAAUAAGUAUUUAGUCAAUCAAUUUUUGUGCAAGUUCUCCCACUUGAAAAUAUUAGAGAGGCCUGUAAUUGUCAACAUGAGUAAACCACAACCAUGAGAGACAGAAUGUUGGGAAAAAAAAACUGAAAAUCACAUUGUUUGAUUUUUAAAGAAUUUAUUUGCAAAUCAUGGUGGAAAAUAAGUAUUUGGUCAAUACCAAAAGUUCAUCUCAAUACUUUUUUAUGUACCCUUUGUUGGCAAUAACGGAGGCCAAAUGUUUUCUGUAACUCUUCACAAGCUUUUCACACACUGUUGUUGGUAUUUUGGCCCAUUCCUUCAUGCAGAUCUCCUCUAGAGCAGUGAUGUUUUGGGGCUGUCGUUGGGCAACACGGACUUUCAACUCCCUCCACAGAUUUUCUAUGGGGUUGAGAUCUGGAGACUGGCUAGGCCACUCCAGGACCUUGAAAUGCUUCUUACGAAGCCACUCCUUUGUUGCCCUGGCUGUGUGUUUGGGAUCAUUGUCAUGCUGAAAGACCCACCCACUGCUCAUCAUCAAUGCCCUUGCUGAUGGAAGGAGAUUUCACAGAAAAUCUCUCGAUACAUGACCAUGUCUCAUCUUCAAUGCCCUUGCUGAUGAAAGGAGAUUUUCACUCAAAAUCUCUCGAUAUAUGCCCCAUUCAUUCUUUCCUUUACACAGAUCAGUUGUCCUGGUCCCUUUGCAGGAAAAACAGCCCCAAAGCAUUAUGUUUCCACCCCCAUGCUUCACAUUGGGUAUGGUGUUCUUCGGAUGCAAUUCAGUAUUCUUUCUCCUCCAAACACGAGAACCUGUGUUUUUACCAAAAACUUCUAUUUUGGUUCAAUCUGACCAUAACACAUUCUUUCAGUCCUCUUCUGGAUCAUCCAAAUGCUCUCUAGCGAACCGCAGACAGGCCUGGACGUGUACUUUCUUCAGCAGGGGGACACACUGGCAGUACAGGAUUUGAGUCCCUGGUGGCGCACGGUGUUACUGAUAGUAGCCUUUGUUACUGUGGUCCCAGCUCUCUGUAGGUCAUUCACUAGGUCCCCCCGUGUGAUUCUGGGAUUUUUAACAUUCUUGUUAUCAUUUUGACGCCACAGGGUGAGAUCUUGCAUGGAGCCCCAGAUCGAGGGAGAUUAUCAGUGGUCUUGUAUGUCUUAAAUUUUCUAAUAAUUGCUCCCACAGUUGAUUUCUUUACACCAAGCGUUUUACCUAUUGCAGAUUCAGUCUUCCCAGCCUGGUGCAGGUCUACAAUUUUGUCUCUGGUGUCCUUUGACAGCUCUUUGGUCUUGGCCAUAGUGGAGUUUGGAGUGUGACUGACUGAGGUUGUGGACAGGUGUCUUUUAUACCGAUAAUGAGUUAAAACAGGUGACGAGUGGAGCCUCGUUUGACCUCGUUAGAAGAAGUUAGACCUCUUUGACAGCCAGAAAUCUUGCUUGUUUGUAGGUGACCAAAUACUUAUUUUCCACUCUAAUUUGGAAAUUCUUUAAAAAUCAAGCAAUGUGGUUUUCUGUUUUUUCUCCCACAUUCUGUCUUUCAUGGUUGAGGUUUACCCAUGUUGACAAUUACAGACCUCUCUAAUCUUUUCAAGUAAGAGAACUUGAACAAUUGGUGGUUGACUAAAUACUUAUUUGCCCCAUAGUAUAUACCAAUUUGACAGGAAACAGCCACACAUAUGUCUGAUGUUUUCAGGAUGGUGUUGCAUGUAAAUUUGAUUUUCCCUCCUUUUCUAUUUUAUUUUUGUAUAUUUUUGCGGCACCGAUGCAGCAAGCAGCUCUGUUUCCUCGUGUCAUGCUAUCUUAAGUGACCUACAUUGUGUGUGUAUCAACGUAACUCUCUCUCGGACGUUUUGUCACAAUCACGCUGGCCGCCCCCCCCCUCCCCCACGCCGGACUGAUAAAACAGGGUUGUUUGCAUCUGUUUCAUUUCACCUGUAUUAAAAGUGGAGAGAUGAUCAAACUGA